GGUGCCCGAGCCGUCCCGGGGCGCCGCGGGCGGGUCUCGGGCGGGUCCCGGGCUGGGGGACGCGGCCGCCCGGAGGCUGGCUCGAGCCCGCGUCCCUGCGGACGGUCACGGCAGGAGGGACGCGGCCUCGACCGCCGCCUCCCGGCCCGCCUGAGGCGCGGGCCUUACCUGGGGCCGCCCGGACCGCCCGUGGUCCUUCUGGUGACCCGCUCUCGCGCCCGAGCGCGGUCCCCAGAGGCGACUGGCGCGACUGGCGCGGCUGCCGCCUCGAGUCCUGCCGAGCGCCCGUUGCGGCGGCCCGGGGGCAGCGCGCGCUCGCGGAGUCUCUACCGGGCCCGCCGCGUGGCCGAGCAGCGCGGGUGACCUGCAGGCCAGCGGCGAGGGCAGCGGUGCCCGGGGCCCGCGGUCUCCUCCGGGUCGUGCGCCUGGCGCUGGCAGCGGGCACGACUUAAGGAAACGACACGGCAGUCCCAAUUUUGAAUUUUAGUUGAAGACUCCCAAGUUGAAGAUGAAGAGGGAGAAGAAUGUGCCGUUGUGGCAGGCAACUGAGCGGAUGAAUUAUUUGCAACCUUGACUUGAUGAGAGUGUUCUUCUGAGGCCUAUUCACAAGGGAUUGUGGGGACACUCCAGUGAAGAAAUGGACCAGUGUGUGUAAUCAUGGAAUCUCCUUGCUGACCAUCACCACUUGCUCUCCUUAAUAAGUGAGAGAGUGGGUUAGGGGAGGAAGAAAAGAGGUCACCAUGAAGCUUAAGCAGCGAGUUGUGCUGUUAGCAAUACUCCUUGUCAUCUUUAUCUUCACCAAAGUUUUCCUGAUUGACAACUUAGAUACAUCAGCUGCCAACCGGGAGGACCAGAGGGCUUUUCACCGAAUGAUGACUGGCUUGAGGGUGGAGUUGGCACCCAAGCUGGACCACACCUUGCAGUCUCCAUGGGAGAUUGCAGCCCAGUGGGUGGUACCCCGAGAAGUGUACCCUGAAGAGACACCAGAAUUGGGGGCGAUCAUGCAUGCCAUGGCCACCAAGAAAAUCAUUAAAGCUGAUGUGGGUUAUAAAGGGACACAGCUGAAAGCCUUACUGAUACUUGAAGGAGGACAAAAAGUUGUUUUCAAACCUAAGCGGUAUAGCCGAGACUAUGUGGUGGAAGGGGAGCCAUAUGCUGGUUAUGACAGACACAAUGCAGAGGUAGCGGCCUUUCAUUUGGACAGGAUUCUGGGUUUCCGCCGAGCCCCCUUGGUGGUUGGCAGAUUUGUUAAUCUGCGGACAGAGAUCAAGCCUGUUGCUACGGAACAGCUGUUGAGCACCUUCUUAGCUGUAGGAAACAAUACUUGUUUCUAUGGGAAGUGCUAUUACUGCCGAGAAACAGAGCCAGCUUGUGCGGAUGGAGACACAAUGGAGGGAUCUGUCACACUUUGGCUUCCAGAUGUGUGGCCUCUACAGAAACACCGACACCCCUGGGGCAGGACUUACCGAGAAGGCAAAUUGGCCAGGUGGGAGUAUGAUGAGAGCUACUGUGAUGCUGUGAAGAAAACGUCCCCGUAUGACUCGGGCCCACGCCUCCUGGACAUCAUUGACACCUCUGUCUUUGAUUACCUGAUUGGCAAUGCUGACCGCCAUCACUAUGAGAGUUUUCAGGAUGAUGAGGGCGCUAGUAUGCUCAUACUUCUUGAUAAUGCCAAAAGCUUUGGGAACCCCUCGCUGGAUGAGAGAAGCAUCCUUGCCCCUCUCUAUCAGUGCUGCAUCAUUAGGGUUUCUACCUGGAACAGACUGAACUACCUAAAGAAUGGAGUACUAAAGUCUGCCUUAAAAUCUGCCAUGGCCCAUGAUCCUAUCUCCCCCGUGCUCUCCGAUCCUCACCUAGAUGCUGUGGACCAGCGGCUCCUGAGUGUCCUGGCCACCGUGAAGCAGUGCACUGACCAGUUUGGGAUGGACACUGUGCUGGUAGAAGACAGGAUGCCUCUCUCCCACUUGUAACUCUCACACAAAAUAAGUGAAACUUAUUUUUACAAAGAUAGAGAAACAGCACAAUCAAUUCCAAAUGGUAUGAGAUGGCUUAGAAGUGGCCAGCAGCAAGUUGUGGUGGUGGAGGACAGGGUGGCCUUGGGUGUCUUUGUUUUUUCCUGUAAUGGAAACUAAAGCAAAGACCACAAGUGUCAGAGCACGGGAUGUUCCUUCACAAACACUUACGGCCUCCUCGCAGUUGCCCAUUUCUAGUGGUGGUCAUCAGCGUCGGUCAGUCUAUAUUCCUAUACCAAAGGACACACUGGUGUGACAUUUAGAUAAGUGAAUGCUGGAAUUGGUUCCAGAGUGUGUGUUUUGAGGUGAACCUUGCGGUCCUUUCUCCACACCUGUGAAUUUUGUGGAAACACUUUACAAUCUCUUGUCUUUUUUACCAAGACUAGUCUAAUUUGAAAGCUUACUGCCUCCUACGGAGUGGCGGCAAAUAAAACUUUGUGUUCUGUUGA